CCCGAUCCGAUCCCGAUCCCGGCGGUCGGCGACGCGGCGGUGCUCUCACCGGCGAUGGAGCCCCCAGGAGGCGGAGUCGCGGAGGUCCGCCUCUACAGGCGUCGCUCACACGGGGCGGAGCUUCUAGCUUCGCUCGAGCUCGUUGCUCCACCACGUCUACUCGAGGCCGACCCCGACCCUCCCGUCGCCGAGGAUGUCGGCGGCGGCCUAGGACGCUGCGCGGGGUUCUACCUCGCGCUCGUCCAAGACGGCCGCGUAGUCGACGUCGCGCGGCUGCUGCACUACUCUGGUGAGCCGGCGGAUCCCGAGGACUUCGAGGAGGAUUACUGGGAGACCGGAUCGAAUACGUCCGAGGAGGACAUCCCUGCCAAUUCCCCACCGCCCCGCGACGUGUUUCAGUACCGAUCGACCAGCAGCAGCAGCAACAGUUGCGAAGACGUUCCAGGCAAGGGCAACGCAGAGGAUCGAUGCUUGACCAGCAGAAACAGCAGUGAAGAAUAUCUAGUCAAGACCACCGCGGAGGAUCGUGGCUCCACCAGCAGCAGCGAUGGGUAUGCUGGAAAGAGCAGCACAGAAGUUAGUGGCUUGAGCAGCAGCAGCAGCAGCAGCAUCAACAGUUGUGAAGAUGAUCUAGGCAAGACCACCGCGGAGGAUCGUGGCUCCACCGGCAGCAGCGAUGGGUAUGCAGGAAAGAGCAGCACAGAGGGUAGUGGCUUGAGCAGCAGCAGCAGCAGCAACAACAACAACAGCUGUGAAGAUGAUCUAGGCAAGACCACCGCGGAGGAUCGUGGCUCCACCGGCAGCAGCGAUGGGUAUGCAGGAAAGAGCAGCACAGAGGAUAGUGGCUUGAGCAGCAGUAGCAGCAGCCACGGGUAUCCAGGCAAGAACAGCUUGGAGCAUGAACGAACUGAUGUGGACAUCUGGGACAGGGGAAACGAUAAGAAGGAUGAUGAUGAUAUAGAUGAAGAUGAGGAUGAUGAUGCUGAGGAUGAGAGUGAAGAUGAUGGUCGGGAGGAGCAUGUCAAUGAUAGAGAGAAAGCUGAGGAUGGUGAUGAUGAGAAGGAGGAUGAAGAUGAUGGCGGGAAGGAGAAUGCCAGUGAUGAAGAGGAAGCUGAGGAUGGUGAUGGUGAUGAGGAGGAAGAUGAUGAUGGUGAUGGUGAGGAGAAAAAUGAUGGAUGGAAGCUCUGUCUAAGAUUAUGGCCGGCAAAGAAGCACAUACGUCUCGACAUAUUCAGUGGUGAAAAUUGGAUUGGAAUAGAAGUCUACCGUCUAACUUGGAUCAGUGAAGAAGAACUAGAAGAGUUAUUCAAAUCCUCCUUUAAAAUGGAUAUAGGUGCCCCUAUUGCAGCAAACACAGUCUUCAGGAUCCAAGAUUGUACGAUGGAUUUUGAGCUUAGCAUGAUCCAUACUCCAAAUUUUUAUGAGCUGGUUUCUGAGUUAAAAGCUUCAGUUCGAGAUUUUAAAUUUUGCCAAAAAAUUGGAGGGGAGGGCGAUUGCCGGGUCUUCAAGUGCUUGCUUGAGGGUGGCAAGUUCGCUCUGAAAACAGUCCGCCUGAAAGAUGAAGAACCUUGCACUGUGCAGCCCAGAGAAGUUCUAAUAAUCUCAAGUUUAAAGGAUAAGCGUGUUAUGAAAUUUUACAAGGCUUGGGUUGAGCCCUGGGUUUACAAAAAAAGGCCAAUAGCAGAUUAUUUGUUUAUCCAAUUGGAGCUAUGUUCAAGCACUCUAAAGGACCUGCUGUUGCCUGAAAAGUUCAACACCAAUCUGGAUAGAUGGAAUUUAGCUGAAGAGAUAGCCAAAGCUGUAAAGACAAUUCAUGAUGAAUCCAUUGUGCACCGAGACCUCAAACCAGAUAAUGUGUUCUUUGGGGCUGAUAUGGGAGUCCGCAUUGGAGACUUUGGAGACUCUUGCAUUGGUCACGAUGAAUUGGGAGGGUAUGGCGGUACGCCUGGACUUGGCACUCCAUACUAUUCCGCUCCAGAGCUUGCAUUUCCUCAGAAGAUAACAGAAAAGGUGGAUACAUAUUCUGUUGGGGUGAUGUUUCUGGAGAUCUUCACAAGAUUCCGAACCUUCUUUCAGAGACGUGAGGCAUUUGGGGGGCUGAUAAAUGGAGCGAUUCCAGAUAGCUGUUGUGCUCUCGUAGGUGAUCGGGAGGGUGCUCGUGGGUUGGUCAAAAGAAUGACUGCGGUUGAACCUGCUUACAGGCCGUCUGACAUUGAAAUUUUGGAAUAUAUUCAGCAGAACACAUCUGAGGAAUUGGGAGAUGGAGUUGAUGGAUCAAAAGCUACGGAUGAAGCUACUCCAUAUGUUCAACAGAUCACAUCUCAGGAACUGGGAGAUGGAGUUGAUGGAUCACAAGCAGAGGGAUGAAGCUGUUGCAUACAUUCCAUAACUUGCUAUCUUGCUGUGCACAUCUAGUACAAUCUUAUGUUGCAUACAUUCCAUAACUUGCUAUCUUGCUGUGCACAUCUAGUACAAUCUUGUUCCACAGAUUCAGCUGUAUAUAGCACUUUCUUUUAGGUAGGCCACCUGUUCUGUAA